AUCAGCGACUCAAACCGCCUCAUGUUCGUCGGUUUUUACUGACCUGCCUGAAAAGAUUUCGACGAGUGAGUUUUUAUUGAUGUGAUCAUCGAUACUCUGUCACUCCUGUAUUGAUCAGUGGACAUGGGUCGGUCUGUGGUUCUCGGAGCGCUGCUGGUGCUGCUGGUGGCUAACGUUAGCUUCUGUCAGGCCGAGACUGUGGAGAAGUACUUCAGGGUUGGUGGCACACUCCAGCUCAGCCCUGAGCCGGUCUAUGGACAGAUCACCAGCAUCGUGUGGAAAUACGGCAAGAACCUGCUGGCUGAGUGGGUGAAAGACCAGAUUCCUCCGACAUAUUACAGCAAGUUUAGAGGCCGAACCACUCUGAACACUGACACAGGAGUGUUGGAGAUCAGGGACAUGACUGCGGCGGACAGUGGAUGGUAUUCAGUGGAGAUCAACAACCGGUUCCAGGGUGAGGUUCAUAAGACUGCAAUCGAGGAUGUGCCCCGACCUGAGGUGACUCUGCAGCCGCUGGCGUGUGAUCGACCAUCGCUAUGUGGACUGAAAUGUUAUGGAGACAUUACAAAUGCCGGGCCUGUCACCUACUCCUGGAAGAAGGACGAUGGAGAGUGGGAAAGGGGACAAGACAAAAGGGAUCUCAGCAGUCUGGAAAUGGACAGCGUGAAAACCUUCACCUGCAGGAUGGAAAACUCAGUGAGCCAGAAGGAGAGCUUACCCUUCAAAAAUCGAUUCUACCAGGAGAAAACGCCAGAACCAGAACCAGAACCAGCAGCGGCUUUUUUCUACAGAUUCAAAGAAUCAGUCAAGACUGGGAUUGAUGUUAUUUUUGCAGCAAUGUUCCCAACAGCCCCUGAACAAUGAAAACAGCCUGCCUGUGGGUAUUAUAGAUUGCUACUGCUGCAGUAGUCAUUCUUCCUAAAACAAAAGAAAAUGUUUUUUAUUUGAGGGUCUGCCUUUAUUAACAUAAGAGCCCACACCCUUUGUACUGUCAGGAAAGCUAUGGGAGAGUCAAUGUUCGAACUUUAACAGAAACGUUCCUCGAUGUGUUAAGGUGCUUCUUAUGGGCUAAGAUCAUGGGCGUGUCCUCAACUCAUCGAGCAGGAAAACAACCCUGAAAUCCUCCCUGUUUUAAUUCACAGAUUGGCAGAAUACGAAGAAGUAAUGAUAUCUUUACACUGAAGUAAAAAAGCCAUCAGUGCCAUAGCUUUGAAGUACAGUUACAAGUGAUGUAUCUGUAAAAGUUCUUAAGGUGGAAAUCUGUCCUGCUCAUUCUUAUUUUCUGAAUCUUUUAGGGUGGCUUUGCAUGAUUCACAGGUUAAUAAUAAUCAGAAAAUCUUAUGUACGCAAACACACGUUGCAACUUCUUAUCUGGUGCGCGUCUUUUAUUUUGACAACGAAUGCGCACCUGCGGACCACUUAUGUGCACCCCUGAUAAUAAUCCUGUAUUUCAUAGCAGCCCUUCACUUCAUCCUCUGUCUGAAACAAACAGACUUGACUCCUGUCCAAAACACACACUGUCUAUGUGUGUAUAUAAUCUCAAAAACGGCAGAAUAGGUCCACAAAUAUGUUGAUGUGCAUAGUUUAAACAUGCAUCAUGUACUCGUGUAAUGCUUCAGUGCUGACUUAAUGAGACACGACUCUACACUCUGUGCUGUCCUUUUUACACUUUUUAAAAGUAUUUUUUAAGCACUGCACAGGUGACUUUUCUUUUUUCUUCUGACUCUUCUGUUAUGUAUGAACCAAGAAUUAUUGUGUGCUAUGCAAGCUAUCGCCAGUAGGGGGCACCACGCCCAGUUAUGUGUGUGUGUUACUUCUGUGUGAUCCCAAUAAAAGAAGAAGUCAACUUGUAAACAAACUAUUGUGUGUGCAGUCUGACUCGGCAUAAGCUCUAAUAGUGUACUGACACUACAGUGGAAAUAUAACAUCUUCCAUCUUUCAUAUUAACUUCUUCACAGUUUGAUUAUUUAUUGGAAACUGUGGUGCCUUUCAAAAUAAAACUGGCAGUGCUA